CGUUCCGAGCGUUCGUUCCGAGCACCGAAUCAACUCCCCAUGUGUUCCAACGCGAAGUCCCGAAUGGAUUGGUCCAAUGAAACGACUCUCCUAUUUAUAGAGUUGUACAAAAAGAACACAUGUUUGUGGAACCCAAUGGACAAGAAUUACAAACUGAGAUGCGUGAAAAAUAACGCGUGGAAAGACAUUUGCAGUGUCGUUAAGUGUAGCCCACACGAGGCGAGGAGGAAAUUAGAAUCCCUGCUUGCUUCCUUUAGAAGGGAACGCAACAAGGAGUUGAGGACCGGUACGUACCGCUCUUCGUGGUUCGCGUUUCGGAGCAUGCAAUUUUUGAUGAAUAAAUUUCAACCGAGCUGUGCCGGAAAAAGUCCUCUGGAAAAAAAUACUCCCACUAGCGAGGACUCUCACACAGACGAAGAGGAUAGUACUGUAGAAUGUUCGCACAUUCCGGAAGAAAGGUCGAACGUAGAAGUAAAAUGUGAUGAAAAAGCGACUUCAUCUGCUGCUUCGAAUAAAAUUGAGAAACGGAAGGAGUUUGCAUCCCCUAGAAAAUUACUGUUAAAGAGAAAAAAAUUCAUCCAAGAUCCGCAAAUGGAAAGAGCCUAUAGAAUAAUAGAAGAAACGGUCCCGAAACGAACCGCCAGAGAUGCUAGCACCAUAUUCGGAGAACACGUUACGAUGAAACACAGGAGUUACAAUCGCCAUACACAAAGCGUCGUGGAGCAUUUGAUAUCCAACAUUCUUUUCGACGCUGAUAUGGGAAAAUAUAAUGAGAAUUCUCAAUCCCGUGACGAUUAUACAGCGUUACCAGUCACUCCCGCUCUGUCGCCAUCGUCAUCUUCGACUGCGCCACGAACUUCGGUGUAGUAAUCAGCACGAUAUACGCUUAUCUCGUCGCGACAUGUUGGAUACGACUUUUUAUCACAAAAAUGUACUUUACGUAUGAAAACGAAAAUAUUUAAAAUCAAUUUAAUAUUUACAUUCAAAUGAAAAUAAUAAAUGGGUUCGUUAAGACACUUCGACAAAAAGAAGAAAUUUAUUUAAACGAAAAUCCCCAAACUCAAACGCCAUCUUUCCGACACCGAGCAGCUUUGUUUUUUUUUUUUUUUUUACAUGCCUACACGCAACAGCUUAAAAAGUUUCAAUGUUUCGCAAUCACAAAAAUCCAUAUGUAUCGUAGAUAAAUCGAUAAAAAAAGGCAUGAUAAAUUAAGACUCUUUGGGCUCAAUAAUUUAGAAAACAAAAAAUCGCGAGUAUAAUUUAUUUUUGGAUCCAUCAAGGCAGAAACUCUCCUAAGCCCCUCGAACACCGGAGUCGGGACAUUUUUCUGACAUCUGGUUUGAAGUUACAUUCCUUUCGACUACCCUCGACUUACACUUUGACCAAAGGUGGCAGUACCGCAUCCAUUGAGAAAUGUUCACAACUUUUCAUAAAUAAUUCAAUCAUGGAUGGAAUUGUCAUGCAUACAAAUAACAUUGCAU